CUGGUGGGGGAGACAGGCCCUUGUACCGCCUCUUUGGCUAACCCUCUUAAUUUUAAACAAAAAGGUGUCGUGGCCGUCGUUUCCCCCGAUCCCGGGCAUCUGCUCCCCGGAGGCCUUCGGGGCUCGUUGAGCUCGGGAAUUUAGGGAGACGCGAGCGGUGAGGGAGCCCGGAAGGAUUCCUUCGCGGAACCAUUGGGGCAAGGCCUCUGGGAGCGCGUUGAGGGACGGAUCGCGACGGGCCUGGCCACACGGGCAGGGAUGGCGGCCGAGGCUGGGCCGGGGGCUGCCGUUCCCCUGGAGCUGCGGCGGGAACGCGGUAUGGUGUGUGUGGAGUACCCGGGAGUGGUGCGCAACGUGUCUAAGAUGCUGCCGACUCUGGGAGGCGAGGAAGGCGUCUCCCGGAUCUACGCAGACCCCACCAAGAGGCUAGAGCUGUACUUCCGGCCCAAGGAUCCCUACUGCCACCCUGUAUGUGCCAACCGCUUCAGUACCAGCAGCCUGCUGCUCCGGAUCAAGAGGAAGACGAGGCGGCGGGCAGCGGUGCCAGGGGCCGAGGCCUGUCCCAAGGUCAUGUUUGAGAUGGAGAUCCUUGGCAUCAUCUCCACCACUUACAAGUUUCAGGGAAUGUCCGACUUCCAGUACUUGGCAGUGCAUACAGAUGCGGAUGGCAGGCACACGUCAAUGUAUGACAAAGUGCUCAUGCUCAAGCCCGAGAAGGAGGAUUUCUUCAACCAGGAGCUGCCGCUCUACAUCCCCCCACCCAUCUUCUCCCGGCUGGACUCCCCAGUGGAUUACUUCUAUCGACCAGACAUACAACACCGGGAAGGCUACAACAACCCCACCAUCUCAGGCGAGAACCUGAUUGGCCUGAGCAGGGCCCGGCGUCCCCACAAUGCCAUCUUUGUCAACUUUGAGGAGGAUGAGGUGCCCAUGCAGCCGCUGGAGGCCGCAGUCCAGACAUGGAAGAAAGUCUGCACCAACCCCAUAGACAGGAAAGUGGAGGAAGAGCUGAGGAAGCUGUUUGACCUCCGUCCCAUCUGGUCCCGGAGCGCUGUCAAGGCCAACAUUAGCGUCCACCCUGACAAGCUCAAGGUCUUGCUGCCCUUCAUGGCCUAUUAUAUGAUAACAGGCCCCUGGAGAAGCCUGUGGAUUCGAUACGGUUACGACCCCCGAAAAAACCCAGAUGCCAAGAUCUAUCAAGUCCUUGAUUUCCGAAUCCGUUGUGGAAUGAAAUAUGGUUAUACCCCCAACGACAUGCCUGUCAAAACAAAACGCAGUGCCUACAACUACAGCCUCCCCAUCACUGUCAAAAAGACAUCCAGCCAGCUCGCCAUGCAGGACCUGAAGCAGGGCCUGGGCCCAUCGGGAAUGGCCAGUGCACGGAAAUCAACCUCCAACAAAUACAAGCUCAAGGACUCAGUCUACAUCUUCCGGGAGGGGGCCCUGCCGCCUUAUCGACAGAUGUUCUAUCAGUUUUGCGAUUUGAAUGUGGAAGAGUUGCAGAAGAUCAUUCACCGCAAUGAUGGGGCAGAGAAUGUGUGCACGGAACGGGAUGGGUGGUGUCUCCCCAAGACCAGCGACGACCUGAGGAACGCCAUGUCCGGCAUGAUCCGGCAGGCCCUCCGCUCCAAGAGGCCUGCUCUCUUCUCCAGCCCGACCAAGGCUGAUGCAGGGAAAGAGCAGCUGACAUACGAGUAUGUGGAAGAUGAGGAGGACGAUGAAGAGGAGGAGGAGUUCAAGCCUUCAGAUGGGAGUGAGAACGAGAUGGAGACAGAGAUUCUAGACUAUGUGUGAUAAGCCCUGGGCCUGAGGCUGGGCCUCAGAAAGCCAGGGCCCCCUUGUGCCCCCACAGUAGCCAGAAUGGCCCUGGGAGUCCCCUUUGAGGGAAAGCUAGGAUCCCAGCAAUGGGCACAGCUGACUUUGGUCCUGGCUAUAACCUGAUGCUUGGUGCUGCCCUCUGACCCUGGGUGGUUGGGGACAUUCCCUGAAGGUUGUACCCUGGCUUGGCACAUUCAUGAACAACCCAUUGUCCAGCAGGCUGUGCCAGUGACCACCACCUUUCUCUGGCUGAGACCAGCAAAAUUUGGAGGUGGAAGUGAUGCAGCAAGGGGAGGGGCCGGUCUUGGCUUGGGCCUCAUGAUUAGGGGCUUGGUUCAUGGUCACAGGUGGCCAAAGACUGUCUUUGAGUUUGGAUCCCAACCAUUUGGGAUAGUGUUGGCAAGGGCCAGGCCCAGCUGGAAUUGUCCUUAUUAAACAUACUUUCCUACAGAGUCUCGGUGUCUCAGUGGGGAUGGUGUAGUCAAAGGAGUUUCCUCUUGCCUUGAGGCAAAGGGCUCCAGUGGUACCAUUGUUCGUCGUACAUUCAUUCGCUCAGUGACCGCAUACAGGGCAAUGCUGGGACGGUCCUCCAGGUGGGUAGGGUAGGAACAGCCAGAAGUAACCCCAGGGCCUAGUCCCAGAGAGUCCUGCAACCC